AUGACUGGAAAACAAAGCAUUGGCUCGCUCACCAUUCCCUGGAGUCCCACCGUAGGACCCGAGAAUGAAGAAUCCUGUUAUCCUUACAGAAGACAAGUGCCUGGCACUACUACAAUUCCGCCUGGUUGGACCUUCGCGAAGGGGAGAAGACCUGUAGAGGAACCAUCAAUUCAUGAGGAACGUGUAUCUGUCCCUCUGAGGGAUGGCGUCAAGAUCCAAUGCGAUGUCUUCAGACCCGAGACCGACAAGAAACUUCCUGCCCUGUUGGCCGUCAGUCCUUACGGAAAGAAUGGUCAUGGUUUUCGGAUCUUUGACAACAUCCCGUUCAGACUCGGGCUUCCUGAAAGCUCUACAUCUGGCCUAGAAAAGUUCGAAGGUCAAGACUGA